UGCGAUGUAUCGUACGAGAAACGCAAUAUGUGCGUAGCUGUAUGUACAGCCGUUUAUCCAAAGAUGAAUGUUCCACUAUAUGGACUUCUUGGAGUUGCAACGGCUCUAUUCGUGUACCUUGUUGGAAUUGGAACCAUUGUAAAACUGUUCAUCUGCCUGUUGGCCUUAAUUUUAGGAACAAUCACAUGUGUAUAUAGAACAUAUGGGGCAAAUCUUGACAAUGUUAUCAAAUCAGAAAGGGAAGAUUUACACAAGAAGACUGAAAAGUUUCGGCAGCAUAUUCUAGACCUAUCCAAGCAAAAGCUGAGUUUCACUUUAGAUAAAAGAAUCACUGGUAGCCGUAUUAUUGACGAGUCCCUGCAAGAAAUAUUAGAUUUCAUUAUCAGAGAUUACGUGGAACCAUGGUACAGCAUUAUUACAGAUGACGAGGAAUUCAUAUACUCUGUCAGAGAUACUGCCCAGAAGAUAGCCAUCAACAUAGCAAAUCGAGUGAAAGGUGUGGACUGGAUACCAUAUUUGACCACACGCCUAGUGGACGAUGCAGCGUCCCACGUGAGGUUAUAUCGCCAAGCAAGAGCCAGGAUAAAGCAGUUGAGAACCAAGAAAUUGCAAAAAGGUAGCGCCAGUUCGAGCACCUCAAGUGGAACGCCCAAGAAAACGCCCACUCACAGAAGAAAUAAAAGUGAGACAGACGUGUUCUGGUAUUCCCAGUCCAAGUUCUACAUUCCCAAUCUAACGUCCCUCACCGAACCCAUCGAAAGCAACGAUGAGAAGGAAGAGGAGUCGUUGGAGAAGAUAUUUUUCGACCUGGAGAUGCAGAUGGAGAACAACCUCAUCUGCAGAGACCUGGUGUGCACAAACAGCAACCAGGAAUUGGAAUUCCUCGGCGAGAUAUCGGAGAUCUUGUUGUAUCUAGUGCUACCAAAGGGAGACUUCGAUUGCCUGACUGUGAGAUUUAUUUUAAGGGAGCUGUUAGUAAACGUGAUAAUUAGACCGUUGUUGGAUUUAUUCUCUGACCCUGAUUAUAUUAAUCAGGCAUGUAUAUGGCUGUGCGCUAAGGAAGGUGGCUUGCCCAGCGACGUGUUCUUAACGGUGAUCAGAGUCACGGAUAGUCUGGACGAGUUAACAGCGACGAAAAACAUAGUUUGUAAAGAGAUAGCUCAUCUUCGUUCCAAGGAUUCAGGUGGAGAGGACGAUCUGUCGGUAAAACAGCAAUUGAAUAGUCUACUCUAUGUGAAGAAGAUUCUAGAAACGAGGAUCAUUGGAAUGCAGGAAGGACUAGAAUCAGAGACUGACGGGAUCGGUACUCAGCCUGAUUGGAACAGGCUGCUGAUACCCGGUCAAAAAUUAGUGAAUUUACCCCUAGACGAACUACUAAAAAACAAUAUUGCGUUAAGUUACUUCAUCGACUACAUGACCUCCAUAAACGCGGAGUCGUACUUGUUCUUCUACUUGAACAUAUACGGUUGGAGGGUGUCAGCUGAGCAACAAAUAUCUGAUAUAGAGUUGCAGAAACUACACGCGGCUCAGACAGCUUCCAGCAUCAUGGGCGCAAAGCGUAAAAACACAGAUCUGGAGAAUCUAAAGGAAGCAGCUACUAAGAUUUAUCAGCAAUACCUCAGUGAUAAAGCAUCACCUAAGCUACAAUUAGACGAUGUUUUGGUAAAGACUAUGUUGACCAGGAUAAAGACUGAACCGGUGAGAGAAACGUGGUUUGACGACCUUAGGGUUUGUUGUUACGAGAAAUUGCAAAACGAGGAUCGAUUUUUGCCAGGAUUCAAGAGAUCCAUGGCAUAUGUGAAGCUCCUCGCUGAGUUAGAUCUUUUAAAGGACCCUGCGUCUGAAGAGGAUACAAAAUCCUUAGACAGUAUCAGUCUAUCUAGCACCAAUAACGAACUGGAGACUCUCGACGAGAUGUCUGAAGUUUAUAAGCCUGAAGAAAUAAAGGUUGCGGAAUUAAAGGACAGUACAUUAAAGUCUAGCUCCUCCAACAGUUUAGCUAGCAUCGUGGAGCCUAAUGCGGGUAAACCAAUCGACGAGCCUGACUCUGAGAUGAAUUUUAGGACCAUGAAGAGCAUGAGGAAGGGUUCAAGUAUUGACACAGAUCACAUCAGCGAAGGCAAGGAUAUAUCUUUCUAUUUAGAGUCAAACGCGGAGCAGUUUGUCAAACUGGACGAAAAUAUUUAUGACCAGAAUGCCAUUAAGAAGCUACAGCAGGGAAGAUUCGAAAUCACUGCAAAAAUUAUAGAGACUGGUAUAGUUAACGACCGUGGGAAAACUUAUGGGAUUUAUGCAGUGGCUGUAACCAAAAGCUACGACUCGGGUUAUCAGGAAAAAUGGCACAUUUACAGGAGAUACUCCGAUUUUUAUAAUCUUUAUCAGAAGAUCAAGGAGAAGUACUACGAUCUAGCGAAAAUUCCCUUCCCAGCGAAAAAAGCGUUUCACAAUAUGGAGAGGACCGUGUUGGAAAGGAGAAUGCUAAUGUUGAACGCCUGGUUAUAUCAAUUGAGCAAACCAGCUGUGGUGGACGGACACAUGGGUUUGCAGAAUUUACUAUUGACUUUUUUGGAACAGGGGGAUUAUGACAAAGGUGUGACUGGCGGACAGAUAUCUAAAACGAUAGACACUCUGAUGAACCCUCUGAAGACUUCUAUGAAAACGGUGACUCAAGCUGUGAAAACCAUGCCGGAUAAUAUGCUGAACACAGUUGAUGGUGUUAUGGAUAAUAUAAGCAAGUUCUUUGGCAAUCCAAAGAAACCCAAUGCCUUCUAUGAAAACACCAAAGUUGGCGCUGGUCUAGACGUAGAGACCGACGAUAACAUUCCUCUCCGCAUAAUGCUGCUUUUAAUGGACGAGAUCUUCGAUCUGAAAGUCAGAAACCAGUGGCUCAGACGGAGGAUCAUUACACUAUUGAGGCAAAUCAUUCGUACCAUGUUUGGGGACAUAGUGAACCGCAGAAUAGUCGAGUAUGUGUCCCUCUUAACCAGUCCAGCUAGAGUUGCUGGUUAUUUGAAACUACUCAAGAACAGUUUUUGGCCGAACGGGGUCAAAGCAGAGAAAAAACCACCCAGGGACACAGAGAUGAAGAACAGGACCAGAGUGGCAGCUAAGGUUGCCCUUUUAUCUUGCCUAUCAGAUGAACUGAAACAUAUCAUAGGUAGUGAGACCACUAGAAGAGGUCUUUUGAGAGUGUUCGAGCUGUUUCAGCGACCUGUACUUAACAGAAGACUUCUGUACGUGCUUCUAGAGGGCAUCAUAGAAACUCUGUUCCCUCAAAACAACCUGGCCGAUAUUUUCAGGAAGCUUUAUUUGGUUUCACCGAGGUUGCAGCAAAGAAACACUAUGCAGAAACUUUAAAAUUUGAAUUAGAAACGUUCAUGGGUUUUCCGAUCGAUUAUAGUCUGUUUUAAAAAGCUUGAACAAGGUGCUGAAGUGGUAGGG